AAUUAUAAAUCCACCACCGUCCUUUCUCUGUUUAGAGAAGGACGUGUUCUGGGUGUCCUGGAGGUCUCCCGGUCCAUUGGGGAUGGACAGUACAAGCGAUUUGGGGUUGUCUCUGUGCCGGAUGUCAAACGCUGUCAGCUUACACACAAUGACAGAUUUAUCCUAUUGGCCUGUGAUGGUCUCUUUAAAGUCUUUUCACCAGAAGAAGCUGUGAACUUCAUCAUGUGUUGUUUGGAGGACAAAACUAUUCCAACAAGAGAUGCCAAAUCAGCCACUGAUAUGAGAUAUGAAGCAGCCUGUAACAGGCUGGCCAACAAAGCAGUGCAGCGAGGAUCAGCAGAUAAUGUCACUGUGGUGGUGGUCCGGAUUGAACAAUGAUAGGAAGAAUAUUUGCAAGGAAGAUCCAUAGCAGCAUGCAGCGAAUUUAAUAGAACACAUUAGUGUUUUUGUGAAAGUGUGCGCGUGUGUAGGAUUUUAUGGAUUUUCCCCCAUAUGCUUAUUUGUAAAUAAAGGGUUUUUUUCUAAGCGUUCAGGUCAGUUCAUUGUUUCAUAAGCUGUAAGUAAUUGGGUCUUCUGUUAUCCUCCUUGAAUGGGCUACAUGCAGUAAUCUAACAAAAUCUCUUGCAGAUACUCAUAUUGUCUGCUGUCUUACAAGAUGUACUUCAGGCUCCAGUAUCUCAGUUAAAAAAUACACGCACAAAGGGCCCUGGUAUAUUUAAUUGGCAAUUUGUUAAUAACUGAGCAUGGGAUCUGUUCCCUUCCUGACUGCUUCUUGAAUAUUUUUUGGAGACAGGAGCAGUUUUUAUAACUGCCAUGCAGAGGGGAGUAUAUUCCUCAUUCUGUUGCAUGGGGUGGAACCAACAUAUUAAAUGACUCAGAGCAAUCCUCAAAAUCCAGCAAAUGAGGUUUUCCGGUUUUCUUGGUAAAUGAAUUUUUUAUCCAAUAAAAAAAAAGAAUUGGGAUUUUUGUGCUAAUUUUGAAGAAUAGCAAUUUUUAACAACUCCUGGUUCAUCAUAAAUACUGUAAUAUAAUUCAUUUUCAAAAAUAUGCCUAUGGCCAUCUGAACUUUGGAUUCAGGCUGCAUGGAUACUACCCAAGUAUCCAUGCAGUAUUUAUACAGCUAUAUGCAAAAUUUCCAGUGAACCUCAGCAAGAAAGUGUGAUUAGAUUAGAUUCUAAAUGCACAGAGUAAUCUUUCAGUAUGGCACGGUUAGAUUCUUUGGGCUGAAGUCUUGGGAGAAAUUACAUUAAAAUUAGUCCACUUUGUGAAUAUGAUUGGGCUGUCAAUGAGAUUAUCAUAUUUAGAGUAAACCUACUGAAAUCAGUGGGAAUCUAAGUUGAGAAAUAUUUAGGCUUGAGCCUUGGGUCAGCAUUCAAACCCCAGUGCAGCUUGAGAGAACUAGCUAAGAUUGAAUUUUAGUUUAUUUUCAGCAGUUAUUAGAUACAAAUCUUUUUUUUUAAACAGCUGCACAUAAAGCAUUCAGGAAAAACUUCAAUAUAUGAAUUAGUAUGUGUGGAAGACCUUUGUAAGAGCACUGUCCUCUCUUUUUGGUGAAGUAGCAUUCUCUCGCAGAUACAUAAAAGAUCAUCUUUAACGUCAGCUUUUGAUGUACUUUCUAAGUACCGUUAUUCUGAUUAUUUAAUUAAUAGGAAUAGAAUCAGGCUAUUAUGGGUAAGGUGAUAUUCAACGGUGAAAAGUGUAAGAGAAAACUAGGGGGGGAAAGUUUGGGGAGAUUUGGGAAUAGAGUGCACCACCAACCAAAUAAGAGCAAGCAGAUGAAUAAGCAGGCAAAAAGGAUGAGUUAAUGUUGAGCUGCAUUAAAUUAAACUUUGUAUCCAGGUUGUGGGAAGUAGUAACUGCAGGUACUCUGCACUUGGGAUACUGUGCCCAGUUCUGGACACCCCAGUUAAACAGGACAUGGAGAAGCUGGGGUGGGUUUAGAAGAAUGCUACCAAGGUGAUGCGUACUGAGCCCCACAGAGAGCAGAUAAAGAAACGGCAUGUUUAACUUGCACCAGAGAAGGCUAAGGGAGGUAGGGUAGUGGUCUAUGAACAACUAAAACUCUUGCUGCGUGCAAAAGGGGAUGGACCUGUUCUCAGUUGAAACUGAGGAGAACAAGAACCAGUGGGCUCAAAUUAAAUGAAAGAUUCAGGCUGAAUAUUUAGGAGGAAUUGCCUGACUGUGAAACUAGCUAAGCAGUGGAAGACCCCUGUUCUGGAAGUUUUCAAAUCGGGACUAGAUAAAUCGCCUAUCAGGAAAUGUUUAGUGGCUUCUUGUACUGAGCAGGGGAUUGGUUUAGAUGGUCCUUCAAACUCCUAGCUUCUAUGUUUCUCAGUGAUACUAGGGUGCAUUUCGACAAAUAAUCGUUUAUUCACACAUGGAUGCCAGCAGCUGAGGUUGUCAAGCAGUAAAAAUUUGCUAAUCAGCCCUUACAUUCUCAGUUCAGUUUUCAAUAUCCUUUGCAACUAUUGCCAUGUUGUUAACUCUUUCAUAGAAGGUGUUCAAGGAACGGAAUUCAACAAGCCAGCAAGGGAGAUUUUCCAUUUAAAAAGAGCUUCAGUCAAACCUUUUUCUAUUUAUCAGAGUUCUGAGCUUAUGUUAAGCCUACCUGUUUGACUGGUGAGGAGGAGGAGAAUUUCACAAGUACCUGUAAAUAAUUAGACCUAGAAAAGUUAGUUUCCCUAAUUCAGUGCUUUCUGUUGAAUUAUUAAGAUAUGAGGACUAGCUCCAUGUUUCUUUUAUAUUCUAAAUCUACUCAAGAGCCAUUUUUUCUGUGCUUCAGCUUCAUUGUUUGGCAUAUUCCUUCUGUAAAUAAAUAAAACACAUUUAAAAGUG